AAAAAUAUCAAAGUGUACUGGAGUCAUAUAAAUAUAAUAAUUAGAAGUUAAAUUGAGUGAAAGUUAAGGUAUUUUAUAUGAACAAAUUAAUUAGCAUUUACAAACGGUGACAUCCAGUACCAAAGCUGAAUUUUUAUGAAACAGGAAGUUGAAAUCAGGAGAAUCUCAGUGUAACUGAUUCCAAUAAUAAUGGAUUUUCUUCGUGCUGUUGAGUUCGCAACACCGCAAAUUGAAGCGGAUAAGAGACUGUUGCAAUUUAAAACGUACGAUGAUUAUUUAGAUUCACUUGUGACGGCUGAAGACUUGUGCUAUUUACAGAACACCGUGGUGGCAAGAACUCUCGCUGAACUAGGAUAUAGGAGCUCGGGUGAAACUCUAAGCAAAGAGUCUUUCAAGAAACGUCUUGAUGCUGUAUUAGAAUACAUGUUUCCGACUAUUAGACCUUACGAGCUGUUAAGCGAAAAGAUCAAGCUGACAGAUCCCCUCAUUCAAGAUUUGGCUCUCAGGGAAAGAUCUAAUCGAGUUGGCAUACUUGCGACAAUUAUUUUUGUAAGACAUUAUACAAAGAAAGGCUUCGAAAUCUCCGGAUACAUAGACUACGCACAAAGACUGAAAACGGAAGACUGGAAACCCAUUUUUAAAGGAACUAAGAAAAUUUGGCCGAAAGCCACGGACUUGGGCUAUUACCACUGGCGAAUUGGAAAAGUUGUUUCAAAUGAUUCUUUAAAUUACAAGGUGGUAAUUGACCCAGAAAAAGGGAUGCUGUUUCAGAAUAGGUUUGACAGAAAAAUAAUCAACGUCAAUCCAACUGCCAUUGUUGGCUCCAAUACCACAAGAACAAGGAUCAAAAGUCAUAUGUAUGACCAGUUUAUUCUAUACGAUCACGUCGUACGACAAAGAAUUUAAUCAUAAAAUCGAUAUAUUAACUAAUGAUCCACAUUAUAUUAAUGUUUUCUACAAAAAUCUUUUACUAAUGGCAUACAAAUUUCUUCUGUAAAUUUGUAAUAAUAAUAA